UGAAAGAUUCCCGAGUACCUGCCAUAUUCGCGGAUUAACAACAACUCAAUCAACAAAUUAAAAAUGACGAACUGAUUUGUCCUGUUUUUGCAUCUAGGAACAUCGCUUUUUUUAAAAAACUAUAACAUAAAUGUCAUUAUUUAACCGUUUUUUUACCAUUUGUUUACAUGUUUCGAUGUUACGGGAAAAAAAGAAACUCGCGUAUAUAUAAAGAGAUAGAUGAACGAGGAAGGUUGAAGAGAGCGACAAGCUUGAAAAUACACGUACAAGCACGCGGUCGCUCUCUCUCCCUAUCUCUGAAUCAAUGGCGAUGAAGCUGCAUGGGGAUCCGAUGUCGGCAUGCGUGGCGCGUGUCAUGCUAUGUCUUCACGAGAAAGAUGCAGAGUUCGAGCUUGUUCCUGUCAACCUCUUCUCUUGUGAGCACAAGCAGCCUCCCUUUCUCUCCAAGAACCCCUUUGGCCAGGUGCCUGUUCUAGAAGACGAAGAUCUCACCCUUUUCGAAUCUAGGGCGAUCACGGCAUACAUAGCAGAGAAGUGCAAAGAGACAGGAACGGACCUCACAAGACGCCGGAACCCUAAAGAGGAAGCUGCGGUGAGAGUGUGGUCGGAGGUGGAGGCCCACCAUUUCAACCCGGCCAUAGCCGCCGUCAUCCACCAGCUGGUCGUGGUGCCGCUGCAUGGGAAGUCCCCGGACACGGCCGUCGUCGAAGAGAACAUCGACAGGCUGGGCAAAAUUCUCGACGUGUACGAGGAAAGGCUCGAGAAGUCAGAGUACUUGGGCGGAGAUUUCUACAGCCUCGCCGAUCUCCAUCAUGUUCCGUACACUCACUACUUCAUGAAGACCGAAUUCGCAUCUCUCAUCAACGACCGCCCUCGUGUUAAGGCUUGGUGGCAUGAUCUCUCUUCCCGUCCGGCCUAUCUCAAGGUUGCUCCCGGCAUGAGCAUUGAUCCCAAACUCUGAACUGAUCGGUUCCAUCCCUUUUUUGUUUUUGUGUUUCGGUUUGGUUCUCAUGGACUUUGCUCAUAAAUUGAUGAUUUUAUCUAUUUUAAUUUCACCAUAAUUAUCUUAGAAAGUUUGGCAUUAAUUAUUAUGCCCGUGUGUGUAUAUAUAUAUAAGCUCAA